GCCGGGGAGCCGCGGACCCUCCCUGGGCCGCCAUUGCUGGGCCUGCCGGGCUCUUCUGCGCGGCGCGCUCACCUCCCCUCGCUGGCCUGAGGGCGGCUGGCCUGCCAAGCAUCCCCCUGCUAAGCCCUCGUCUCACGGCCAGGCAAGUCCCCGUCAGCCCAGCUGCCCUUGUCAGCCUCGGGAGUGACCCGAGCACGGGAGAACCACUCCAUAGCCCAGUCCUGGAGGCUUCGUCGGCCCCAUCGUGAGCCGCCUGCUUCCCGAGUGCUUGGAGAAACAAGUAGUACUGAUCGUGCCCGCCCCGCGCAGGGGCCCAGCUCAAGCUGCCCCCGACCCCACCCAAACCUGUUCUUCUGCUUCGUCCCCCUCAGAGCGCACGGUCCCCAAACUGUGCACCCACCGGUGGUCCCAGCGCAGCGGGAGACGUGGACAUGAGGUUGGCAGGGCCCCUCCGCAUCGUGGUCCUCGUCGUUGCCGUGGGUCUCACCUGGAUCGUCAUCAGCAUCCUCCUGGGUGGGCCUGGUGGUGGCUUUCCUCGAAUCCAGCAUCUCUUCACCAGCCCAGAGAGCUCUGUGACUGCAGAACCACGCGCCAGAAAGUACAAGUGCGGCCUGCCCCAGCCAUGUCCUGAGGAGCACCUUGCCUUCCGCGUGGUCAGUGGCGCUGCCAACGUCAUCGGGCCCAAGAUCUGCCUGGAGGACAGGAUGCUCAUGAGUAGUGUGAAGGACAACGUGGGCCGUGGACUGAACAUUGCCCUGGUGAACGGGGUGAGCGGCGAGCUCAUCGAGGCCCGGGCCUUUGACAUGUGGGCUGGAGACGUCAACGACCUGCUGAAGUUCAUCCGGCCACUGCAUGAAGGUACCCUGGUGUUUGUGGCAUCCUAUGAUGACCCAGCUACCAAGAUGAAUGAGGAGACCAGGAAGCUGUUCGGUGAACUGGGUAGCAAGAACGCCAAGGAGCUGGCCUUCCGUGACAGCUGGGUGUUCGUGGGGGCCAAGGGUGUGCAGAACAAGAGUCCCUUCGAGCAGCACAUGAAGAACAGCAAGCACACCAACAAGUACGAGGGCUGGCCUGAGGCCCUGGAGAUGGAGGGCUGCAUCCCGCGGCGCAGUGCGGCCAGCUAGCGCGGGAGCCUGGCCCAGCCGGGGCUCUGGCGCAACCACACGCCUUCCAGGUGCACUUGGCAUGGGAGCCCAGGUACCUCUGUCCUCCCGAAGCUGUCCUCGAGGCCUGUCCCUCCCAACCUUCCCCCUCCACGUGAGGGCCCAGCUGCAAGGGCCCUGGGUGCCUGCCCCUGUCACUAGGGCAGCCGCCUGGUAGGUGGUGGCCUCUCACAGGACAGUGCCAUCCAGGGCAGCAUCCCCGCCCCACCUGCAGCAGAAGGGGCCCUGGAGCAGUCUCUGGCAUAGUAGAUGGCAACGGCGUACAGCAUAGGGGGUUGCCCACCAGGUGGCCUCUUAAAGAACCUGUGGUCCACAGCAAAGUCAGGAAGCUGAGCAGACAGCCUGUGUCCCCAAGCCUUGUACCCAUACCCCACAGUAAUGGGGACCAGUGCUGACCAAAACUGGCCCCAGAUGGCACCACUCAAAGCCGGGACUGGGACGUGUGUGACCUGCAAAGACUGGGACAGGAAGUAAAACUGUGGGUACAGCCGGGUGUGAUGGCGCUGGUCUGUCAGCCCAGCACUGGGGAGGCUGAGGCAGGAGGAUUCCCUCAAGUUCAAGGCCAGCCUGGACUACAUAGUGAG